AUGGUCCAUCGUUGUCAGGCAUUUGACGCUCCUUCCUUCUGGGAGUUCGUUAGCCGCCGUGUCUCAUGGGCGCAACGUGUUGACCCCAAAGAUCUGUACGACCUAUCGAUUCGAAUCAUCUCAGCCAGGCGCAUCUUUCUCGACCAAAGAGAUUACUUGGCGGAGAUGAAAAAGGAGGGAGACGAGGAUAUCCCAGACAGCGACCUCAUCCGCGUCUUCAACGAAGCCAACACGGCUGUAGACAGCUUUACCAGUGCAGUGGCUGAUAUGUAUAAAGACCGCCCGAAAAUCCGAGAGAAAUACUAUCCCAAGUGGACCGAUGACUCUGAUAACGAGGGGACUUCUGAAGCAACCAAAGCAAGAUUCCACGAAAAGUAUAAAGCACCCCGCAAUCUGUCCAGGAACACCUCUGCGAAGGACCAAGAAAACGGUCUAGAAGGUGAAUACAAGAAAAUGGUUGAGAUGGUCGAAAAGGUUGAAAUCGUCGAUAGAAUGGAUGAGGAUAUGGGCGGUGAGAUGGACGAGGUGGAAAAGAUGGAUGUGGACAAUGAGAUGGACUAUGAAAUGGAGAUGGACAAUUAA